GUAGACUCUGGAUUCUAUUGUUUAAACGCCGACCUAGCACACUGAAAAGUUACGCUCCCUGCUAACAGUCAAAUGACCUCUACCGCAAUAUACGCGCAAAAACAGUCGGGAGAAUUGGGCUCCCUUUUUCUGAUCUGGUGCACAAACUACCAGACCUUAGUUGAUCUAUAUCGUAUUGGUGUGCCGCAACUAUUUAAGUUCCAAAUUGCAGUACAAUUUCCUCCCGAGCAGAGCUCAUUCGCUUCUCACUAUCAAAAAACAUGUGCACAGCAUGCAUUCCAGGUUGCAAGUACAAUUGCUGAGGCGAUGAUCCAUGGCACGAACAUUCUCGCUGAUACAUGCAUGGAAACGAUUGCAUACGAUAGUUUGCGGGCUAUCCUAUAUUAUACCACCCAACUUAUUGACACACAAUCUACCUAGGGUCGGGAGGAAGCUGAUAGCAUCAUCCCACUUUUGCAAACGAAUAUCAAGGCACUUGGACAUAUGACACGAUUGUUUUGUCAAAAAAAUUGAAUAAAUCGACUAUGUCUAUGGUUAGGCCGGCAGGAUUCGAUAUUCAAGUCACCAGGAUUCGUUCACGGACAGGAAGCAUACAGGGUGAAUUGAUAUUGAAGUGUCAGUCAAG